AUGUCGAGCAGAAAGAAGAACAUUUUGAAGGUGAUUAUACUGGGCGAUUCAGGCGUCGGUAAGACUUCGUUAAUGCAUCGAUAUGUGAGCGACAAGUUUUCGCAACAGUACAAGGCUACUAUUGGUGCCGACUUUCUCACAAAAGAGGUGACUAUGGAUGGUGACAAAGUGGCCACGAUGCAGGUCUGGGACACUGCGGGUCAGGAACGGUUCCAGUCACUCGGAGUGGCUUUCUACAGGGGAGCAGACUGCUGUGUGCUGGUGUACGACGUUACGAAUGCAAAGUCCUUUGAGAACAUAAAAUCCUGGCGCGACGAGUUUCUGGUGCACGCCAACGUCUCGUCACCGGAUUCUUUCCCCUUUGUAAUUCUCGGUAACAAGCUGGACGUAGAGGAGUCAAAAAAAGUAGUGAGCAACCGUGCGGCCCAAGAUAUGGCCAAGUCGCUAGGUAAUAUUCCUUUGUUUCUCACCAGCGCGAAAGGCUCUAUCAAUGUUGACACUGCAUUUGAAGAAAUUGCCCGCAACGCGCUGCAGCAAAGCCAGGCUGAUGCUGACGCCUUCGAAGACGACUUCAAUGACGCCAUAAAUAUUCAGCUUGAUGGUGAGCCUAGCUCCUGCAAUUGUUGA